ACGGAAGUCCAAGUCGGGCCAUCAAGCGAGACAGCUUCAAGAAAGGUUCCCUAGCAGUCUACUAGGGGAUCGGCGGCUGCAAUUUUACCAAAAUACAGAGGCGCAACUUCACUGUGUAUUGGCUUUACAUGAAAUGCCAGCCGACUACGGGAGUAACAUGGGCAGAUUCAGGGCGGGGGAGAUCGAAGCGCAUCCAACAUAGCCCAUCGUCUAGGAAAAGCAGGUCAAGAUGGGAUCCCAAGACAUGACGUCACCUCGAUCUUUGAGGAGUAUAAACCCGAUGCCUUUGGAUGCGGCGCCUCAGAUCUCUGUGGCUCUACCAUACUCGCCAUCGUCAGCCGCAAGGCCGUUACUUAGGCUACGACUGGGAGACCAUCUCCUUCUCGCUGAAGGUAUCUGAGUUGCCAAGAGCAGUCCACAACCAUCCAGCAGGACCAUGCGUGGGUAUAGGGAAUGAAUGUGGACUGCUCCUGGCUCAUCACACCUUUGGCAUCCCAUAUCUCCUCUAUAAGCCGGUGUUUCUCCUUAUCACUCUGAAGGUGUUCCUCAGCUCCUUCCGCAUAGGCUCUCUCAAUGUUUCUCCCGACUCCUAUUCAACGGAUCUUGUCUGUUUUCGAAGAGAUUCACGUAUCUCUCCCCCAAACUCCUCUUGGAUGGGUAGGUUCCCUUAGCUGUUUCUAAGGAGGCUCCCUCUCUGCGUCCUUGUCCUCCCGAAUAGGAUUCUGCCAUCCAGAACGAACGUCUUACACGGAAAUCCGUUUAGAUCCCCGGUAAUUACGACGUAGAAA